CUCUCACUAAGCAUUCACUAACAAGUGACACCAGAAGCAGAAGAUUUUGAGUGUGCACACUGCACACAGCGACAGCCUAGACAGGCCUCAGGGCUCAGACUUAACAUUUUAAGAAGAACUCUGGAAGUCUCAUUUACAUGUUGGAGAUCAAGGUGACCGCGUGAUAGCGCGCAGGACCGGACGGUCGCCAGAGCAGCUGCCACCGCGCCGAGCCGCCGAGCACUCGCCGCCGACCGCAGCGCCUGAGGUGUGCCGUGCCAUGGCGCUGAGCAGCGUCUGUAGGUUGGCCGCCGGCCGCUGGCGCCGCGCCCCGGCCGGCCGCUAUGGCCGCGCGCGCCGCGCCGCCGCCCACCUGUAAGCCGGCGCCGGUCGCGCUCCCGUUGCCGCCGGAGGUGACUGCCGUGCACGGAGCGCCGGCGCCCUGCGGCCGGCCCCGCCGGCCCGGCCGGGCCACUCACCAGCGCAACCUCAGCCUCGACUUCCGGUCGAUGGGCAUUGUGCUGCCGCCCGUGCAGCACAGUUCGCUGCGGCGCACCCACCACCGGAACCGGAGUCUGGACUCGGUGCUCCAGGAGAUUCCCGAGCUCGAGGCCGCCGAGGAGACGGCGCUCAAGCCGGCGCUGUCGUGUCCGCGCGUGCGCCGCGCCGGCCCGCCGCCGCCGCCGCCGGUCGCCGCCGCCGCCGCGCCGCGGCUCGGCGGGGAGGACGCCGCCAGCCUCGGCUCCACCGACUCGGGCAUCAGCUCGGACGGCUCGGAGCGCGACUUCCGCGGCGACGCCGAGCACGCGGCCCCAGGCGCCGCCAUGGCUUCGAGUCCGGCGCGCUCGGCGAUAGACAGUGACCGGCCGCCGGCCGGAGCGCCCGUGACGGGUGCCGCCUCUGUGACUGUGACGGCCGGGACGCCUGUGACGGGUGCCGGCUCUGUGACUGUGACGGCGGCGCCUGUGACGCCUGUGACUGUGAUGGCGGCCGGAGACGCCAAGCCGGGUACGCAGAAGUCGUGGCUGCUGCGGCUGUUCGAGAGUAAACUGUUCGACAUGAGUAUCGCCGUCAAUUACCUGUUCAACUCCAAGGAGCCCGGAGUACAGACAUAUAUCGUGAACCGCAUGUUCAGCUUCAGCGAGGAGGACACGGACUUUUUCCUGCCGCAGCUGGUCAACAUGUACAUCCAGAUGCCGGACGUGGCCGAGGUGCUGCACCCCUACCUGGUGCACAGGUGUCGGAAGAGCGUCAACUUCUCGCUGCACACGGCCCGGCUGCUGGACGCCUACAGCUCGGACGCCAACCUCUCCAACAAGAAGAAGCCGCUCGGCACUCGGCUGCGCAACCUCAUCCUCUCGGACGAGCUGCGGCCCAAGGGAGCCACGGCGGCCGAGCGGCGUCUGGCCGUACCGACGACUCGGCCCGGCGAGCAGACGCUGUCACCGCUGCGGCGCACCCACCAGCGCUCGCGCAGCGACGCCACGGCCAGCUACUCCAAGGGCCACCAGCGCACCGGCAGCACAGGUGACCUCGUCCCGACUCCAUCCACCAGACAGCGGGCGUCGCCGUCUGCCGAGCGACCCAGCGGCCGCGGCAGCAUGCGCUGCUACCUGGGCGACAUCGGCUCGGGGCGCGCCUUCGACAGCGGCUGCAGCUGCUACGACACCGCCCAGGGCAAGUGCAACGACCUGCUCGGACGGCGCGUCGAGUGCGUCUGCGGGGCGCCGCGACUGCGCCCCCAGCUGGAGUUUAUCGGUGCGCUGAUGUCGAUUGGCCAGCGGCUGGGCGCCAUGCCCACCCGGGAGGCCAAGACCACCCAGCUGCUGAACGAGCUGAGCCUGCUCAACCUGAACCUGCCGGCGCGCGUCUGGCUGCCGCUCUACAGCACCGGUCACCACGUGGUGCGCGUGCCCGCCCAGGCGGCCGCCGUGCUCAACUCCAAGGACAAGGCUCCCUACAUGCUGUACGUGGAGGUGGUGGAGGUGGACGGGCCGGAGACGGCGCCCGUGCCGGCCAAAUGCAUCAACACCCUGCGGCACACGCGCUCCGAGGAGAGCCUGGAGACGGCGGCGGCGGCACCGGCGGCGCCAGCGCUGCCCACCACCUUCAGCCUCUACGGCAACAUGGACGCCGAGAACGCCGACUGCUGGAGCCAGGAGGACGACGACAUCUCGCAGCAGUACUGGCAGCUGCGCCGGCCGCGGCUGGAGCGCGAGCGGGACACCAUCUCGCAGAUGUCGCUGGAGUCGGCCGACAGCCGCGAGCCGGUGCUGAUCGCGCCCGGCGACAUCCGCCGCCGGCUGGCCGACAGUCUGGCGGCGCCGCGCUCCACGUUCGCGCGCGACCCCGAGGACCCGUCGGCGGCCGUGCUCAAGGAGCCGUGGGCCGAGAAGGAGCGCAGGAUCCGCGCCAGCUCGCCGUACGGCCACCUGGCCGGCUGGCGCCUGCUGCCCGUCAUCGUCAAGUGCGGCGACGACCUGCGCCAGGAGCUGCUGGCCUACCAGCUGCUGGAGACGCUGGACCGGCUGUGGAAGCUGGAGCGCGUGCCGCUCUGGGUGCGCCCCUACCGGAUCGUGGUGCUGUCGGCCGACUCGGGCCUCAUCGAGCCCGUCGUCAACACGGUGUCGCUGCACCAGGUCAAAAAGAACAGCCGCAUGUCGCUCAAAGAGUACUUCCUGCAGGAGUUUGGCGACGUCACCACAGAGGCCUUCCUGACGGCGCAGCGCAACUUCGUGCAGAGCUGCGCCGCCUACUGCAUCGUCUGCUACCUGCUGCAGGUCAAAGACCGGCACAACGGCAACAUCCUGCUCGACAGCGCCGGCCACCUCAUCCACAUCGAUUUCGGCUUCAUGCUCUCCACGUCGCCCAAGAACCUGGGCUUCGAGGCGUCGCCGUUCAAGCUGACCCCCGAGUUUGUGGAGGUGAUGGGCGGACUGGGCUCGGACAUGUUCGAGUACUUCAAGAUCCUGAUGCUGCAGGGCCUGGUGGCAGCCAGGAAGCACCACGAGAAGCUGCUCACCCUGGUGGAGAUUAUGCGAUCCGGCUCGCAGCUGCCCUGUUUCCGCUCCGGGGCCGCCACGGUCCAGUUUCUGCGCAACCGGUUCCACAUGAACAUGACGGAGGAGCAGCUGCAGUACCUGGUCGACUCGAUGGUCGAGUCGUCCAUCCACUCGCUCACCACCAAACUGUACGACGGCUUCCAGUACUUCACCAACGGCAUCUUGUAGCGGCGCGCGGCGCGCUCCGCGGGACCAGAGUCGCCCGGUGUCGGCGCGGCGGGACGGACCCGCCCCGCCUCGCGGCCAUCAGUCAGUUCCCAUGUGUACAUAGUUUGUAUACUCAUCGAAGACGUUGACUUGGCAUGUUACCGCUUUUGAUCCUGAUGGUGUAAUAAAAUGCUAUAAUUGUUGUCUA